GUUUGGGUUUGAUGAAUGAUGUUGCUCGGACCCUAGCAUCUCUCCCCUCUCAAACCUCUAUCUUCCAAAGCUUCGCUCUUUCCCCCGUUUUCCUUCUCAUUUUCUUCCAACCAAACACAAAGCCAACUUCGACCUAUCAACACCUGCAAAGUUUUGAGCGAGAGAGACACAAAGAGGUUGUUUUAGAGAGGGAAAAAUAAGAUAUAUUUAUUCGUCUUUAAGCAAGAGAUGGCUUUGAGGCGCCUGAUCACUCAGGUUUCAAGGCAUCGAUCAGAGUUGGGACAACUGACGAAAGUGAUUACCAGAACUUAUCAUCCAGUCAACAGGUUAGGAGGAGGUGCUGGAGGGAAUAAGUUUUUAAGUACUCAAGAGAGGUUUAAGUCAAGCUAUGUUGGUAGUUUAGCUCGCAGAGUACGCGACACAGAUGAAGCUAGUGAAGUUGCCCAUCUAAAAGAACUUUACCAUCGGAGUGAUUAUGAAUCAGUGAUAAGAUUUUUUGAAAGUCAGCCAUCAUUACAUUCUAACCCUUCAGCACUUUCUGAAUACGUCAAAGCAUUAGUCAGAGUUGGCAGGCUGGAUGAGAGUGAGUUACUCAAGACAUUACAGAGAGGUGUCGCUAACUCUGCACGGGAGGAAGAAAACAUAGGUGGCUUCUCAGUUCUCAGGAGUGUCGGAAAAUCAUCGAAGGAUGGUAUUCUCGGAACUGCAAGUGCUCCUAUUCAUAUGGUGGCCACAGAAGGAGGUCAGUUUAAAGAGCAGCUGUGGCGUACCGUUCGCACUAUUGCACUAGCCUUUCUUUUGAUAUCUGGUAUAGGAGCACUCAUUGAGGAUAGAGGAAUAAGCAAAGGACUUGGACUAAAUGAGGAGGUUCAACCUAGCAUGGAAUCUAACACAAAAUUUAGUGACGUAAAGGGUGUUGAUGAGGCUAAAUCGGAGCUAGAGGAAAUUGUUCACUAUCUUCGAGAUCCUAAGCGUUUCACUCGUCUAGGAGGCAAGCUCCCAAAAGGUGUUUUGCUUGUCGGCCCACCUGGUACUGGAAAAACAAUGUUAGCAAGAGCCAUUGCUGGAGAAGCAGGGGUACCAUUCUUCUCAUGCAGCGGCAGUGAGUUUGAAGAGAUGUUUGUUGGUGUUGGAGCUCGAAGGGUGAGGGAUCUUUUUGCAGCUGCAAAGAAGCGGUCCCCGUGUAUAAUAUUUAUUGAUGAGAUAGAUGCAAUAGGAGGAAGUCGAAAUCCAAAGGAUCAGCAGUACAUGAAGAUGACUCUCAAUCAGUUGCUUGUUGAACUUGAUGGUUUUAAGCAAAAUGAAGGGAUUAUUGUUAUUGCAGCUACUAAUUUCCCAGAGUCCCUGGACAAGGCAUUGGUGAGACCUGGACGGUUUGAUCGGCACAUUGUUGUUCCUAAUCCUGAUGUUGAAGGGCGGAGGCAGAUUAUGGAAGCGCACAUGUCUAAGGUUCUGAAGGCUGAAGAUGUUGAUUUGAGUAUCAUUGCUAGAGGAACUCCGGGGUUCUCCGGCGCAGAUCUUGCGAACUUGAUCAACAUAGCUGCUUUGAAGGCUGCCAUGGACGAUGCUAAAGCAGUGAAUAUGGCUGAUCUUGAGUAUGCAAAAGACAAGAUUAUGAUGGGAAGUGAACGCAAGUCGGCUGUCAUAUCUGAUGAGUCAAGAAAGCUAACAGCUUUUCACGAGGGUGGCCAUGCACUUGUGGCCAUCCACACUGAUGGUGCUCAUCCAGUUCACAAGGCAACAAUAGUUCCUCGGGGUAUGUCACUUGGCAUGGUUGCCCAGUUGCCCGACAAGGAUGAGACAAGUGUCUCCCGGAAACAGAUGCUUGCACGGCUCGAUGUUUGUAUGGGAGGGCGGGUUGCAGAAGAGCUCAUCUUUGGCGAAAGUGAAGUCACUUCUGGUGCAUCUGAUGAUCUCCGGCAAGCAACUUCGCUUGCUAGAGCAAUGGUUACAAAGUACGGUAUGAGCAAAGAAGUUGGGCUUGUCAGCCACAAUUAUGAUGACAACGGGAAGAGCAUGAGCACAGAAACUAGACUGCUUAUCGAAGAAGAAGUGAAGAACUUCUUGGAAAGGGCAUACAACAAUGCAAAAACCAUCCUUACGUCACAUAGCAAGGAGCUCCAUGCCCUUGCUAAUGCUUUACUAGAGCAGGAGACGCUGACUGGAACUCAGAUCAAGGCCUUGCUUGCGCAAGUAAACUCUCAGCAGCAGCAACAGCAACAACCACACCAGCAAGUAGUUGCAGCAAAGAGUAGCUCACAGUCAAAAGUGCCACCCUCAACACCCAACGCAGCUGCAUCUGCUGCCGCCGCAGCCGCCGCAGCCGCAGCGGCUGCAACUGCUGCAGCCAAGUCAACAGGCAUUGCUCCUGUGGGAUCUUAGCAUGGGUCAGGUUGAUGAGUUGCGGACAUCUAUUUAUCAGUGUCUGAUGUGCAUAUAGUAAAAAUACUCACCAGCCAUUCUGUCUGGGUACCAUAGUAUGCUGCCAGUGACGUAUAAUUUGUGUGUCGCCGUAGUCAGAUUGACUGGGAAUGUAGACGAAUUGAAUGGCAAGUCAGUGUAGGAGUUCUAAUUAAGGCACUGGAGAACAUCCCUUGUCUAUUUUUGAUUCUUCUUCUUAUCUUCUUUUUCUUCCUCUGCGAUGCUUGUCAUUUAUACAAUUAAGAAAAUAAUGCAUUCUUGAUUUUUGCUAAA